CUUCAAGAACAAAAUGAAAAUGAUGAUGAUGUGCUUGAUUUUGACAUUGAGGCAGAUUCUAUUAAACCUUCUAUCAAAAGUAAGAAAAACUUAAAACCAGGAUUUAUAGUAAAAGUGACUCCAUCAAUUGUGGAUGAUCAGUUCUUUAAGUUAUCACAAAUGGAGAAGUUUUUAGAAAUGGAAGAUGCUAAAGAAGCAAGAAAAAAUAAAAGCAAAAAUGACGAGGAGGAUGAAAGCAGUUCUGAAGAUAGUGUUGAUUAUUGGGAUGAUAUUCCAUCAGAAGAUGAAGAUGAGGAGGGUAGCCUUGACCUUGAAAAUGUAAGUUGGAGAAACAGUUGCCAUCAGAGAAAGGACCAAGCAUGUUACUGUAAAAU